GAGAGGACAGAGGGCAGAAAGAAGGCUGUGUGGACUGUGAACCUGCUGCAGAGGACUGGGAAGAAUGGGAGCUGCGUAUGGAAAGAAGAAGGCGUACAGCAUGGAUCACGAGCCUCCACCGAAGCAGCAGUGUGUGAAAAAUGGAAAGCACCCAAACGGCCGAGCCUCAGCGUAUGCAGACCUGCAGCAGCACCGGUCUGAGGGCGUCCACAGGAAACCGUCCCCGGUGUCCAGCUACGUCCCCCAGCCCGACUAUCUAGAGGGAGACGAGGAGGACGACCUCAUCAAACCCAAGAAGCUGGUGAAUCCUGUCAAAGCUUCAAAGAGUCACCAGGAGCUUCACCGAGAGCUGAUGAGCAGCUGCAAACGCCACCUCCAGGGCUGUUCUAAACAGCAGGAGAAGGAGCAGGAGGAAAACCUGAAAGCUCCGGAGUUUGUCAAAGUGAAGGAAAAUCUGAGACGGACGUCGUUUCAUAGUAAAGAAGAGAAGGAGGUGUAGAGACAACUGCUGUCCUGCAGGACAAAGCAAACUAAGAAGGAGACCGUCCACAUGUUCACAGGACAGUCUGAGGACACAAGCAUACUGAGGACAGUCUGAGGACACAAGCAUACUGAAGACACACUGAGGACUCAAACAUACUGAGGACACACUUAGGACACUCUGAGGACACAAGCAUACUGAAGAUACACUGAGGACUCAAACAUACUGAGGACACACUUAGGACACUCUGAGGACACAAGCAUACUGAAGACACACUGAGGACUCAAGCAUACUGAAGACACACUGAGGACUCAAACAUAUUGAAGACACACUGAGGACUCAAACAUACUGAGGACACACUUAGGACACUCUGAGGACACAAGCAUACUGAGGACACUCUGGGGACACACUUAGGACACAGACAUACUGAGGACACAGCGAGGACACUCUUGGAAUACACUGAGGUCAUAAACACUGAAGACAAUCUGAAGACAUGAACAUACUGAGGAAGCUCUGAAGACACUCUGAGAACCCUUUGAGAAAGGACUGAGGACAAUCUGAGGACACAACCAUACUGAGGACACUUUGGAGACACACUGAGGACACAUUAAUGACACUUUGAGGACACAUUAACGACACUCUUGGGAUACUCUGAGGUCAUAAACACACAGAGGACACACCGUGGACACUCCGGGGACACACUGUCCAGAUGCUGGACAGAACAGCUGUGAUGUCUCUCAGGAGACUCGAGACCAACAAGAAGCGGCAGAUCAGAGUAAACACACCUGAGACCGUGUUUGACACACUGUUCAUGAUGGGAUGGAUUACCUGACUCGCCACACCUGGUGGACGACUGUUCAGCAUCUUUCUGCUCAGAAGGAAGGACUAAGUUAUCAGUUCCUGUUUCCUGGCGUGUCACAGAAAGACGUUUGGGAAACGGGAAAUGUUUUCUCAUAAUUACAAGACAAGAUCUUGUAAAUGAGGAAAUCUUCUUUUUGUCAAUCAAAUUAAUUUUAAAGAUAUAUAGAAGUCACAACUACGGUGUACAGAAGUCACAACUACGGUGUACAGAAGUCAUAACUCCAAUAUGCAGAAGUCAUAAUUAUAAGAAACAGAAGUCAUAAAUACGAGACUCGAAAUUAUAAGAUACAAGUUUUUCUCGUUAUUAUGAGAUGUAGUUACGUCUUAUUCCAAGAAAACAUUUAAUUAAUACGAGAUUCAAGUCUAAUAACUAAUACCUUUUCUUGUGAUGACGAAAUUCUGACGAGAUUAAUUUAUUACGAGACAUUUAAAAAAUGCAAUAAAUGUUUUUUUUAUUGCAUUUUAUCUCGUGAUUACAAAGUGAGAAUUUAAUUUAAUUAUGAUGAUAGAAGUCAAGUCAGAUCUCAGAAUCUCACUUUCUCUGUUAAAAUACAACAAAUUGAGUUAAAAUGAAUACGUCACACAGAAGAAAGUAAAUAAAUAAAUAGUGGGAAAAAUAUUAUGAAUUUCUUUCUGUGUACGUAAUAAAAACCAAAAAAGACUUAUUAUUGGUUAUAAAAAUGAUGGAAGCAGAUUUUCAUAAAAGUGAAAUAAUAAUUUGUAAUUUGUAAUUCACCAUUAGACACAUAGUUACGUUUAAUUAUCUUUUCUUCAGAUGCUAACUCAUGAUUAUCAGACACAGAGGUCGUAAUUAUGAACACAGAUAUAAUUAAAUAUCAUUAUUACAGGAAAUAUUAGUUUGAAUAAAUGCUAAAUAAUUAUAAUUAUGGUAUACAGAAGUCGAAUUACAAGAAAACAAUCUGAUAAUUAUGUGAUUUGUAUCUCGCUUAGUUAUAACUAUAUAUGACAUGGAAGCAAUCAUUUUGAGUGUUGUCCUUAUUACAAUGUCCUUAUUAUAUAAUUAUGAAUAGUUAUAUGUAUAUUUAUUUAUUUUACAACAAAAUUCUAUAAAACAAAAUAAAUUACAUCAUAAUUUGGAGAUUUGUUUCUGUUAUCACCAGAUAAAAAGUCAGAAUUUUAAGAUUUAGAUUGGUUAUUUUUUUAUUUUUUUGCCACAUUCCCCAAACAACAACAACAACAACAACAACAACAACAACACACGAUCUCGUAUUGUUCUAAUCACAGAAACUCUUCUAUAAUAUCUAUAAUUACGAGAACGUCUCCAAAAAGUGCCGCUUCGUUUUGAUCGUCAGGAUGUAGAAAUAAUAAACUGUGUGUCAAAGAAAACGUCCGUUGGAACAAAUUGUGCCUAAAUCUCAUCUCCGUGUUCGUGGACGAGAGAGAUUGUUCACGAUUAAAACGUCCGUCAUGAAUAUGUGAAAGGAAACUUCUGUUUUAUAUCAUUUGUAUCCCGUUUGAAUUAUUGAGAUUUACUGUACAGCGGCUGUACUGGAGAGAGAAUAUAGUACACAUAAUACACAGAAGUGAUAAUAAUACUCACAAAAUAUUUCUCUCUUUCAAUUAAAACAUGCAAAUCUUUUACUUUAUGGAAGUCGUAACAACGUGACAAUAUCUUUCAUAUCACAUUAUUACAAGAUACAGAACUUUGCUUUCCUUGUAAUUUUGAGAUGCUGAUUACAUUUAAUUUUGUUAUAAAUUACCUCGAGAUAUUUUACUUUUAAUUGUGACACGACUGCGAUUAAUGAUGACAAGAGAACGUCUUAUAAUGAGACGUCUUGUUGUAAAUACGAGAUAAUUAUGUCUUCGGCUGCACCGUAUCUAUAUUGUUUUUACCCCCAUGACCUCCUCUCACAGAUCACAUUAAAGUGUAACUGAAGCCUUACAUCUGGACGUUUUUUAAAACAAUUGUUGAUAGUGAAUAUUGUACAAUCAUUGAAAUCAUUUUUAAUGUCUUGAUUAUAGAGCACUUUAGACUUUUAACUGUAUAAACGAAGAGUCAAAUCUAAAACAGACUUAUUUUUAUUUUUGACUUUUUUGCGGCUUGUAAAGGGACGUUCUGUUCUGAUUAACAUGUUCAGAUAAAAGUAGAAGCUGCAGCAGAAAUGUGUUUGUUGACAUGAAGACAAUAAAUGACAGAAAUGCU